AUGAGGACAUUCACUCUACUCAUCGCCCUUCUGGUGGCCCUCCAGACCCAGGCAGAACCUCUCCAAAGAAGAGCUGAGGAGGUUCUAGACCAGGAGCAGCUGGGAGAGGAUGACCAGGAUAUGUCCAUAUCCUUUGGAAGGGAUGAAAGCAGUGAUCUUCAAGAUGCAGAUGUGAAGUCAGGCUUGACCUGCUAUUGCAGAUUAAGAGGCUGUGGAUUUAGAGAAUGUCUCAUUGGGUUCUGCCGGUUCCAGAAUACCAUCUAA